UGUCAUUAUCCCAUUAGCAGUAGUUAUUUUAAGGUGCCACCUCUUUUUAUUGGUACUUGGAUCUAAUAGUUUCAGACAUUCAGUAUCCUGUGCUGUCACUGUGUGCGGAGGCCAGUCUGCACCUCGUUGUCAGAGCUCACAGGCCUGCAACCGUCUGGUCCAGCCAUGGGGAACACACACGCAAGUCUGGACGACAUACUCGCUGAGGACAUGCACCACUGGUAUAACAAGUUCAUGAGGGAGUCUCCAUCAGGCCUGAUCACACUUUUUGAACUCAAAUCCAUCCUGGGACUGCAGGGCAUGAAUGAGGAUGCUAACAGUUAUGUGAACCAGGUGUUCUUCACUUUCGACAUGGAUGGGGAUGGAUACAUAGAUUUUGUGGAAUAUAUCGCUGCUAUUAGCUUAAUGCUGAAGGGGGAAAUCAAUCAGAAACUGAAAUGGUACUUCAAACUUUUUGACCAGGAUGGCAAUGGAAAAAUUGACAAGGAUGAAUUGGAAACAAUAUUUACUGCUAUACAACACAUUACAAGAAAUCAUGACAUUGUGCCAGAGGAAGUAGUGGCUCUUAUAUUUGAAAAGAUUGAUGUUAACGGAGAAGGUGAACUGACGCUGGAGGAGUUCAUUGAAGGAGCCAAAGAUCAUCCUGACAUUAUGGAUAUGCUGAAGAAACUGAUGGACCUCACUCCAGUCCUGGUCAUUAUUGUGGAAGGGCGACAGAAACCAAUCAAUACAAGUUAGGCUGACUAAACUCCAACUUAAGGACAGAGAAAACAGAAAAUUCUCCGCCUGAAAGCAAAAUGAAAGUGGAGUUUGGUAGUCCCACUCUUGAGGAACAGAUGUAGCUUCCCACAGCACCUGUGAGAAAAUUCUCGGGGGAACUUUUGCCCAAGCAUGGUCCUGUCUGACCCCAGUGGAGAUACCAAGCCUUGCAUCUGAGCUGUCCUCAGCUAAACAUUGAUCUUCUAAUGCUAUAAGGGGGAUUCAGGAAACUAAGGAACUGCUGGCAAGGCUUAGGAGUGAGCAGUGUGGUGCUUUUUAAGGAAAGGCUCAGUAGAGAACACUGUGCACACAUCUAGUGACUUUCAUUGGAUGAGCACAUCAUAUAAUCCAUGUACUUGUGCUUGAACUAUUUAUGGCAUGACUAUAUUGCUCUGAGAGUGAACUCUGAGACAGUACAUUGCCGAUGUGGCCUGAAUUGCCCUAAGAACUGGGAAAUGUAGAGCAAUGGUUCUCAGCUGGUUUUUGCCUACAUUUUAAAUUGGACAUCAAAUGGCAACCCAACACAGAACAAAAAUAGUUUAUUGUACAAAAUGUACCUGUAAAUCAAACAUUUCUAUAGAAUGUUGUAAUCAACAUAAUAUUACAAUGAACUGCAUAGACCCAACAAUUUACUACAUUAGCAACCUGACCAGGCUGAGUGAGAAAUAUAACAAUUUGAUAAAUUCAUAAAUGCAAUAGUUGGCCACAAUAUGUUGACAUCAAUAUCUUUGGCGUUAUUAACAAUGGGAAGUUGUGCCUGUUUAUUUUGUUGUCCGUGACCCAGAACAGACCUAAAACCAAUUUCUUGUCUGUGGCCCACCAGUUGUGACCACUGAUAUAAUAUCACAAAUAUUAUAGCACUUUAUCAAAGGAAAGCAUCAAAUUUUCCUGAUACAGUUACCUUAUGCAGUAGGUGCAAAAGAAAUUCAUUAAAUGCAUUUCCACCUGUCUUUUAGCUGAUCUAAACUUGUCAAAACAUUAAAACUAAAAGUUUUCAAAAUUAGUACCUGCAUUUUUUAGACUUAUAUCCUUUACCAUUCAAAGGUUUGGGUU